CGAUACCUUGCGACGUUGACUGCAGAAAUUGAACUCUAGGCAAUUUCAGCGUUAUAAAUAGAGCGCACCCCGACUGAAAGAUGGGAUUAACCUUUUCGUCUCGCAAUUAUCCAAGAUAUUGAGAUAAUGUUGAAAGUAAAAGAAUGUACCGAACGAACUUUUCUGCGUCGGACACCGAAUCGAUUGACGGGAUGAACGACAGCAAUGUCAAGACCUUCGUGCGAAUUCUACCGCUCGAGAGGCCGUGCGAUUCUUGCGCGAAGAUCAGUACGGACGGUAAGACGAUAUACGUGAGAUGCUUGCAAGAUCUACGACGGCAAGACGAACGAUCAAGGUGUCCCGUUUAUUGGGCCUUUCGUAUCGAUGGGAUAUUUCACGAGAUGUCCCAGGAUAAAGUGUACUGCGCUACCGCGAAAGACUUUGUAGAAAAAGCUUUAGACGGCGUGCAUUGCGUAUUGAUCGGCUACGGACAAACCGGAUCCGGAAAGAGUUUUACUAUCGGCGGUCUCAGAAACAAUUGGGAACAUAGAGGAAUAGUCCCGCGACUCUUGUCCGACAUGUUUACGGAAAAGGCAAAUCGAAAGAAAAUCAGCGACAUACGCUAUCGUUUAAGUUUCAUUGAGCUGAGAGGUAAAAAUGUAAUCGAUCUUCUCACGCAAAAACGACGGGUCUUUAACGUCAACGAGCAUGUCUUUAAGAAUGUAACUAUAGUGGAUAUAGAGAGUGAGGAGGAGACACUGAGAAAAAUACUUGAAGGAGAAGGCAGGAGAUUGAUUGUGAAAGGCACAAUGUAUUCGGUAUCACAUUUGAGUACUGCUGUGAUCACUAUCUAUAUUUCAAACGCAAGUCUGAUAAAAUCGCAAGCUAUCGUAACGACAGGAAAAAUAUGUAUCGUUGAGAUGGCUGGAACUGGUACGGUGGGAAAAUCGAGUUGCUGGAAAACAGCAGCCGAUUUAGGUAUGGCGAAUUUAAUGAAAAUACAGCUGGAACAAUAUUUCCUGCAUCUUAGAAAACCAAAUAUGUGCACAUACAGCGUUGUUCGCUCAAGUAAUUUGCUGAAGCUACUAAGUGACACUCUCACAGUCACAUCCAUUAUUCGCUUCAUAUCUCACGUUCGCAUCACGAGAGAGGAUCUCGACGUCACUUUGUCGACCAUGCGAUUGACCGCUGAAAUCGCAAAACUCAAACCGAUCAAGACAAUACGUCACAUUCAGCCGCAGAAGGAGUUUGUCGUGCAGCAGCUACGGGAGCAAGUAAACACCUUGAAGAAAGAGCUGGAACUGAAUGAUAUGUUUUUACAUCAGGAAGCAUUGCCGAACAUAUCGAAAUUUAGACUUGAGCAGAUUACCCGAGACAUUAUAAACUUUUUACGAGGUUUCAUUUCGGAAUUAACGCUCUUCAAUGUUACCCAGGCGCGAAUAUUGGUGAACGUCGUUAAACAAUUAUACGACAAAUUACUCGCGAAAGAAGUUGAAGUAGAAAAGUUAAAGGAAGCGUUUAACAACGUGAUAAGUACGCUGUCGCAAUCAGAUGCUGUUUUGACAUCAUCGUCAUUGAUUUAACUAUGUCAAAACGGUGUAUAAUUUUAUAAAUGUAAUUUACAAAUCUUAUAUUGUGUCUAUAUCUUAUUAAUAUUCUCUUUACUUUUAU